GAGAGCGUUGCUUAGUUCAGCAACUUGAGCCAAGUACAAACGUUGGUAUUGCCAAAUCGAAAACAAGAGGGCCGUCCAUAUAUUGAUGCACCAUGUUUAACGUACUUGUCGUUGGCCAAACUGGAUGUGGAAAAAGCUCGCUCGUGAACAUGAUCGCUGGACAAAGCCUGGCACCUACGUCUCCAGGAGACGACCUCCAACACUGCACUAAACACUGGGCUGAGUAUCCAAUUUCAGUCGAUGGUCAUCCUUUCCAGGUCUUCGAUACCAUCGGUUUUCUCGAACCUGAGCUGGAUUUAGGCGUGUACGCGGAGGCCAUCGCUGAUACAUAUGGCGCGAUCCAUGCCUUGAGCACAAGAGGUGGCAUUGAUCUAGUCCUUUAUUGCGUACGCGACGACGAGAUCCAGAAGAUGAAGGGCAACUACAGGUUGCUCCAUGAGGUGUUUUGUGACGAAGAAGUUCCAGUUGCUCUUGUCGUUACAAACCGUGGCGGCCAGAUAAGCAACAAUACAGAAGGCUACAAGUCAAUUUUUGAUACACACAAGAUCGCUUGCGUCGACUACAUCUGCGCCAACAUAGCUAUCACUCCUGGGCCUGAUAGUCCAGCUGUGGACGCCAAAUCACAGGAGGCGAUCAGGAAACUGCUAGUGAAAUGUUGCGACGCAGCACCGAAUUCUAGAUCCACAGUGCAACAGCUGUGGCGGCGAGCCAAAAAAAUCGUCGGGACAAACCAAUCUCUCAAACGAAAUCAACUACCUACGGUCCUCACACGGCGUUGCAAGAUGAAGCAGGAGGUGGCGGAGCAAUUGGUUGCAGCCCUAAACCUCGAGUCGCCGUCAAGUCGGCUUUAUCGAGCACCCUAUGCACGCGGUAAAUCUGUAACUCGCUUGCCGUUGUCGAAGCACAGCACUCGAGAAGAACAAGUACCAGAUGCCAGGUUGAGGUAAGCAUCAGUCGUCUGACGACCCUGUUGAACCCAAGCUUGAGCGUCUUUUGUUCAGCUCUAGAUCUCAAUUACAUUCUGUUGUGGAUAACACCUCUCUGCCUUCUCACCCAGACAACUGAUGCCGUUGCCGACCGUCGAUCAGCCCUAGUGGUAUCAAGAACAUAUAUAUAUAUAUGUACUAAAAGGAUGUUGAUCGUUAAUGACACUUCAGCCACACCAUAUGCUUCCCUCUUACAUGCUAGUAGAACAGUGCAAUAACACGCAACUCCGGUAUCAAUGGUUUGGCUUCGUCGGCGUGGCACCCUGACUGGAUUACGAGUGUGUUGGUGACAGAGGGUAUUACUGAGAUCGUAGACAUCAUUGCUCUCCGAUCCAACUUAAACGUUUAAGCCCUCAACGCG